AUGUCGAAGCAGAGCGAUUCCGCGUUGACAUAUUCUUCAGGUGGAAGUUCGGAUCAGAGCGAGACAAUGAAUGAAAAUGUGGAUACAUGUUCACUCCACGAACACCACGGAUUCAUCGAGCCAUGGCUUGGUCUUGAUCACUUCCAGGAAUUGGGAUUUGAGCCAAUAAAUUCAUGGGGCGACCCGUUUACAUUACCGUGGCCGCUGCCUGAUACGACAAAAGCCACAGCCAAAGAAAAUCAGGAGCUCUUGGGAGACGAGGACGUGCAGCAAGCCACCCCGGAACCUGCGUCGCCUCCUUGCGAAUUGACGGUUUGCCCAUUGUUCGUUCAUUCAGGCCGGAGCAAGCCACAAACCGGAACGCCCAGCUGCGGCGGUCACGAGACUGGUGUCAGUAUUCGAGCUGAGCCUCGACGGGCGUUGAUAGGACCGAUACAAGAGGAUUGGGAUCCGCCACAAUCAUGGGAGAUUGCGUGCAGCCUUGAUGGCGAUGGCCGCACCUCCCCGGAACAAAGCACGAAAAGUUCGGUGGUCAGACAUUCGCCCUCGGCCGCCCCUUCGCCAUAUCCAAAAACCCUGUCCAUCGACUCUGAGGCCACGCGAACAACUUCAGACCACGACUGGUCGACCAGCGCCGAGGACAGUGCCGAAGAGGAGUUCUGGGCCAUAUAUGACCCGGGGUGUCUGCAAGACUUCCCCGAGUAUCCGCGACAAGCCGCAGCGAUACUGCGGAGUGCACUCCAUCGCUUUGCGCCAUGGAGCUGCCAGAGCCAUCAGAAAGAGCCAAGCAACAGCGAGACUGCAAAUGGCUCACAGGCGGGAUCCUCGAACAGUGUGCAGAACUCCGACGCCCCAAAGAGUCGCGGCUCCCAAAAAGGUGUACGCAGAAAGAGGUCCGCUGGCGAAAGCAGAGAUUCCGGAGACGAAGACGACCACAACGAGGAUAGAGGUUCGAAACGUGCCAAAGGAGAAAACCCUGGUGACGAGGGCCCUUGCUUCGCGUGCCCGUUCUACAAGUUCGACUUCGCCGCGCAUCACAAAUGCCUCAAUCUCACCCUGCGCCGCGUCCGCGAUGUCAAGCAGCACCUUGUGCGCCGCCACCAGCAGCCCCUGUUCUGCAUCACCUGUGGCCAGACCUUCGAGACACAGCACCAGCAAGAGUCGCACCUCUUGCAACGUUCAUGCACGAGGCCGGACACCUUCGUCCGCCCCCCUGGCAUAACCAGAGACCAUCGGGAAAAGUUUGCGUCGAGGGUCAGCAAGAUGCUUUCUGGCACCGAACAGUGGUUCUCGGUCUGGGACAUCAUCUUCCCUGGAGCCUCGCGCCCACAGUCGCCAUAUGUCAGCGCCGCAGUGGAGGAAGUGGUAGACAUGGUUCGGCGAUUCUGGGAGGAGAACGGGCGCAGCAUCAUUGCGGACCAGCUCGCCACGGCAGACAUGCCGUACAACUUUCCCGCCGAAGAACGGCUCCUGUCCACACUUGCGAGCCACGACCAGGCGUCAACAACGGGUGCAAUCCGCUCACAGACAUCAUUGCCCGAUUUGACCUCAGAACGGGGUUCCAACACCGUCGACCAGAUCGAAGAGCCCCCAGAGCAGAUAUUCGGCUUUGACCAGCAUCUGUCUCUACUGCAACACAACGAAGAGGCCGCACGCGAUUGCGGUCUCUGGAGCGCCGAGGCGAGCAACUCGCUACCUGGUGCCGGAUCUCAGUCGGACACUCUCUCGGCGUCAGUAUUAGCCCCGGCAUCGCACAUGCCGUUUCCGUCCACGACCCGAGCCGCCGCCGCAAGGGCCGAGCCGGACUUUAUCGAUGUGGCCAGCCACGAGGACGCCCUACAACUCAACAUUGCCGCUCUCGAGAGCAGCGCUGAAUACGAUAUGGCCAUGUCCGCGUUUGACACCCUGUUUGACGAUACCGUGGAGCGGCAAAGCUCAUACGGCAAGAAUACUACCAGCCAGACAGCCCAUGGUGCAGUCAAUUUUUGA